AUGCGGUUGCACUCUGACAGGGCCAGAGAAUUUCUUGCAGCUCCUUUGCGACGAUGGGCACAAAGCAGAGACAUUGUCCUCACAAAGACAGCAGGGGAUGACUACAAAGCCAAUGGGCGCUGUGAAGCAGAACUUGGUGUCACCAAGCGAGCAAUUCGCACUGUGAUCUCUGCUGGCAGGUUCAACAUCAACUUGUGGCCGCUUGUGGCAAGACAUGUUGGAGAACGUCGUCUCCGUGCACAGCUGCGCUCUUGUGGCUACCCUGUCGGUGACCUGCUGAAGUUUGGAACUCAGGCAUUUGCUCUGCGAAAAUGGUGGCAGGAUAACCAUGAGGAGUGGGGCGAGACCCGACAGCCAGUUCUGGUGCUUGGACCAGAUGCCUGUAGUACGUUGACUUCCACAAACUAUUUUGUGCAGUCCAUCGACACAGGCAAAUACUUCUUCACGGCCGAUGUCAUCACCCCUGACUUUGAGGCGACGGAGACGGCAGUUCUUGGAGAACAACAAGUUCAUGAAGGUGCUGCUCCGCGACCAAUUGGGGCUGACAAUGCCAUCUACUUGCCUGAACGAGAUGAAGUUUCUCGACCUGCUGGCAUGGAUCUUCAGCCAGCAAGACGCCUGCGGGGAAAAACCAAACCCGCCAUGCUGCAUCGAUUGAUGCGAGCACCAAUCGAGGGGGAGGAUGAUCCUUUUGAAUAUGAAAGUUUUCUACAAAAGGUGCAACGCAACUUGCACAUGUUGGUGAUGGAUGAGAUGGUCCACAUUGAUGGCACGGCUGAUGAACAGGCGUGGUGCAUGCCAGUUUUGAAGGAGAUGCUGGUGCAAAAGGCGGAGGUGGAAGAAGAGCUGAUCAUGAUCAAUAGAGGGAAAAAGGAUGAGAACUUGUGGCGCCUGGUGGAGGUCAACAAGGCCGAGGAUGAUGAGGUCUUUAAUCGGAUCUGGACAGUUGGCAUCUUGCCCAUGGUUUUGGGAGCGAUCUAUGCAGGUCAGCUUGUCUUUGGAGCUGUGAGGUGCUGUCUGAGAAGGAUGCAACAAUCAAAUGAAGCGAGCAGUCAAUGCAAUUUUGGAAAACCAAUUACAAAACAAGACGUUUUGGCCAGCUCAGAGGAGGAAGCACUGAUGUCAGAAGAUGAAGGCGAGCCUACCUCAUUGAGGGUGUCUUCACGUUCGGGCUUGCGUGUCGGACGAGCUUCUUCGUCUGAAUGUAUGUCUUCACGUUCGGGCUUGCAUGCUGAGCGAGCGGCAACGUCGGGAUGUAUGACAUCAAGUUCGGGCAUGCAGAGCAGUGCUGGGCGAGGGAACUCUGGCCCUAUCUCCAUGGAUAUGACAUCAAGCUCGGGCUCGCAUGGUGAGUGUUUGGCAGCGGGAUCGCAGAUAACAUCGCGAUCUACCUCAACACAGUCGGGCUUUAAGCAGCGUGGUGGAUCUUCGAUCACUGAGCAGCGUGGAGCAUCUUCAGCUGCGGGGUUUGGUGCCGCGACAUCUCCGUCUACGGCGUCGGGCUCAGCAUCAGUGAGCGAGGUGCAGAGAUCUCCAAAGGAGAAAGAUCUUUCCAACCCAUGGAACAAGUUUCAGCACGAAAACCGUGGAAAAGGCCUGUCUAAAGCGACAUUGGCCAAAAUUUAUCAAUAUGAAAAGGCAAAGCACAACAAGGACAAUUAA